GGAAUGGCAGGAAAUAUGAAGUGAAGACUUUGCUUUUCCACAAACAACAGAGUAGCAAUCCCGGCCUUGGAGAGGAUCCUCUGUGCCACAGAUCAGAGCAGUCUGGGACAAAAUAGAGAAACAGACAGACAGACACAUAGAGUGAGAAAGGAGGGUCCCUUUAGCUGAGAAGUUGCAUUGGCACAGAUCUAGGCACAGAGAAAAGGAAAAAUUAAAAGGAAGAGUGAGUGGACGAAAAAGUUGGAGGGGAGAGAGAGACUGUGUCCUCUGUUCUCCCCUGUAUCUCUGGAGGGAGCUAUGGCAGAUAACAGCACUCAUCCUAUUGUGGAGAUACUGGAGUCCUUUGGAUUGAGGGAUGUGAUCCUAGCCUUCUGUUUUUCUAUGGUUGUUGGUCUGCUGUUGGGUGCUCUGGUCUAUGUGACCUUGACCUGGAUGUCCCAUCGUCGUGCUUCAGCCACUAUCACCCGGCUGCCUGUCCACCAGUCCCGUUCCUCCACCCGCUCAUCCUCACCACGCUCUCGGCAUGGCUUCAGUCGACAUAGUAGUGGCAAUGACCGCCGCAGCAACAACAGUCUGGCUAGCGCUGCCUUCUCCUUCCAUCGGCAAACCUCUUCCUCACCAACAGACUAUGGUGACUCAAUGGGCCGCAAAUCUAGCUUCCGGGCCUCUACCUUUCAUCCUCUUCUCCAGUGUAGCCAGAUUGCUCGAGAGGCAGAGGAGGGUGCCCAGGGCAGCCUGCCACGAACCCCCACUCUCACUACAAGCCCUGGGGCAGCUGGUUCCAACAGCACCGUCAGUUCCAUGGUUACUCCACCCAGGGUCAGAACCAGACCGGAUUCAUUCUGGGGCAACAGCAAUCUAAGGGGCUUCCAUGCUGGCCAGACCCCACCACCUGCCUAUGAGAGCAUCAUCCGAGCCUAUAAGGAGACAACCACAUGAACACUAAAGCAUUGGGAACAAUGAAAUAUACACAUAGACUUGGACUAGAAAAUUGGACAGCUAAAAUGUUCUCAGUUGAGAUAUGGAUGUCUUAAACUUUAAUCAGACAUGGCCAGUUCUCCAAAGCUUUUAUCUUAUAUUUGUUCUGUGUGUGUGUGUACAUGUUUAUACUACAUUAUGGGGACCAAAUGUCCAUAAAACCUGAGAUGGCUUAUUAAACAUCCUAAACAAUGUUUUUUUGAAAAUGUAAAAAUGCAACAAAAAAACAAAACAAAAAAAAAAAGGGUUCUGUGAGGGUUAGGUUUAGGGGAAGGGUUAGGGGAUACAAACUGUCGUUCGAUCUCCAUAAAAUGCAUGGAAGUCUAUGGAGCGUCCCCACAUUGAUAUAAAAACAAGUGUGUGUGUGUGUGUGCGCGCACACGUGUGCAUAUUUCUGUUUGUGCAUAAGUGUGCAAGCGUGAAUGAGAGAAAGAGAAGAGCAAAAGAGAGGGAGAAAGAAAGCCAGAGAUUUUGAGGGUUGGGUGAUGAAGUAAAUGUUAGCACAAACAUUGAGACCAUUAUAUGGUUGUUAGAGCACAAAAUGUCUGUUCAUACAAAUUCCUAAAUGUACAGUUAUUGCAAACACUAAUUUAAAACAAUUGUGCACCAGACUCAGAUUCUGUAUUUAUUGGUUUGUGUUUAUGGAACUCUAGUCUUUUGGAAUCAUUGUUGCAUUUCUCAGCGCAAUUAUACUCAUAGGAAUAAACUGGCACAAAGCA